UUAUAAGGAAGCGAGCACUCUGAAGUGGCAGCAUAUUUGCCUCUGUGUGCAGACGAGAGUAACUCUACCAGCGGACAGCAUGAGAGCCCUCAUCCUGCUUGUGUGCCUGUCAGCGGGCUGCCUAGCUCAGAGACCACAUAAAUGCAAAUCCCCACCCCUGAUGACUGGAAGCUUCUCUGUGUCCACCCAAAGUGAAAAGCUGAUGGCCUAUGCCAAGUACAGCUACGAUGCACUGGGAAAGCGCAUCCACCUCAGAGAGAUUGGAUCCUAUAAUAACAAGACCUUCCGCUUUGAUGUACUUCUGCUCUACAGACAGGGUGUUAUGUAUGAGAUUAACUACAGGAACCGCACAUGUUGCAAGAAGCCACUGAGUGUAGACUUCCACCCGCUGGAGAUCCCACGGAAUGCUUCCCUGCUGGGACAGGUUGUGUUGGGAAGCUCCUCUGGUCCAGGACAGGGAGUCCUGGUCAACACCUGGGCGGGAGAGCUGCAGAUGAAAAAGGGGAAAGCAAAGUACAUGAGCACUGUCACUGAGUUUGGAUGCGUUCCUGUCAGCACUCUGUUUCAUACCGAUAGAUCUGGAUGGGUGGUGACCAGCUUCUUCAACAACGUCAUUGGACUAGUGGACCCUGGACAUCUUAACCCUCCCGUUUUCUGUAAGGAUGCCCAACUGGAGGAAGAUGAGGAGCCAGUAACCUUCUUCAACCUGUUUUAAAACAGGCUAUUUUCUGAAAUGUACUGCACUGUGAUAAUGACUACAGUAUAUGAAUCUUUGCACUUUUUUAGUAGCCAUCAUUGCUGUAGUAGCAUUUGUGAGCAGGCUGUCUUUGGGUGAAAUUAAUGUCAUUACUCAGCGACUUCUAAUUAAUAAAUUGGUUGUGAGUUUAAUGAACAACAGAUUGACAGUAUCUUUAUGUCUAAAGUCAUUUAUUACAAAUAAGUGAUAUGUACUAUAUCGUUUCACUUAGAAAAUAUACAAUCACAGGGUGGAUGUAAAAUGUUUCCGUUUUUGAGUUUGUUGCCAGAUAUUAAAAUCUGUUCAAUAA